AGCAUUUUCUGUGUACUUUGACCUCGUUCACCAACUCUUUCCAGCCGAAAGCAAUCUAUCCGGUUUGAUCUUUGAUCCCAGUUUUCUAUUUUCAAAGCAAAUAAAAGUGAAAGUAAAGCAGAGUGGGACCGGAACGAAAAAAAACCGUCUUCCUUUAAAAUGGAAGUGGAUCGGUAUUUGUCGCGGAUCGGGUUUACAGGGCCCUCAGAUGUCCCCAGCCUGGAGCUGCUUCGCUCCGUCCACAGAUGCCACCUGCUCUCGGUGCCAUUUGAAGACCUGACGGUUCACAGCGGCGGACGGGUCCAACUGGACCUCCCGAUCCUCUAUGACAAGAUCGUGAAGCAGCGUAGAGGUGGAUUCUGCUUCGAGAAUAACUCUCUGUUCUACUGGCUCCUGAGCCAGCUGGGUUUCCAGGUCACGGUGCUCGCAGGCCAGGUAAAGAACUCCAUCACCGGCCGCUACGGCCCCCCGUUUGACCACCUGAUCUUAAUGGUCACCCUGGAAGGGAAACGCUGGCUGUGUGACGUCGGUUUCGGUGUUCCUGGUUUCAGUGUCCCGCUGUCUAUAGAGACAUGUGGACCUCAGGAGCAGGGACACAGAGUUUACCGCCUCAGAAGGGACAGAGAAACGCUCUUUCUAGAGUGGCAGAAGGAGGAAAACAGAGGGGAACAUGGCGACUGGUCGGAGAUCUAUAAGUUCACCCUGGAGUCUCGGCUUCUGGGGGAUUUCACCGAGAUGUGCCUUUAUCACCAGAGCUCUCCGAGCUCCAUGUUCUUCUGCAAGUCGCUCUGCACGGUGUUGAAACCGGAAGGGAGGGUGACCUACAUCGGCCGCAGGCUGAAAAUCAGCAGGUUUCCAUCAGAAGCGACUGGAGGCGUGACGGAAACCACCAGAGAGCUUGAAGAUGAAGAGAUCCCAACAGUUCUGGAAGAACACUUUGGGAUAAUACUUCCAUCUCCUCUAAUACCAAAGGAUGACACAAUCACUCCACCCCCAGUUAUGUACUGAUUUAUCUGCAAUAUAUCACUAUAAAUCAUAUGAAGGAACAAAAAAUACAUAUAUAGAUGCUCCUUAACCGUUUCUUUUCUUUGAGGUUGUCUGAAAUUUUCAUUUUGUCUUAAAAGCAGCAGAUUUGAAUUGGCUAUAAUUUAAAGCAAUCUCGGCAAAUGGCCGCUCACACUGAGCCUGGUUCUGCUGGAGGUUUUCCUCUCCACUGUCACUACAAGCAUGCUUAGUGUGAGGGAUUGCAUCCAAGUCAAUGAGUUGUUUUCCUUGGAUUGAAAACUUUGAAUCAAUUUGACUAUGAUCUGGUGAACUGUAAAGUGCCUUGAUUUGACAUUUCUAUAUAAAUAAACCAAACUGAAAUUGAAUUGUUUUUAGAAAAAAAAAAGAAAGUUCUUUAAAAGGAUUUCAAAAUUAUG